AUGUCUUCAAAUAUUUUUGGGUGGGUGCCUAUCUUGGCCGUGGUGGCCAUACAACUCCUCCUUAUACGCAUCGUUUCUUCCCAGAACGUUACCAAUGAGUAUUUGCAUCACCAAUGCAACAACACCCAAUUGACAUACAGGCCAGGAAGUACGUUUGAGAAGAAUCUUAACCAAGUCAUCCGUAACAUCACUCCCCUCCAUCUUCGCUACGGUUACACCUACAACUCUAAUGUUGAAGCUUACAAAGUUAGUAAGGAUUCCAACAUUGUCUUCGUUUUGCUCCAGUGCCGCGGUGACUCUUACGGGUCCAAGUGCCACUCCUGCCUCCACACAGCCCUCUCUGGGCUUCGUGAGAGAUGUCCGGGAAACAGAGGAGCAAUAAUAUGGUACGACCAGUGUGUUUUGGAGAUUUCUACCGUCAAUACCGAGGGGAGGAUCCGUUACGAUAGUUUUUUCAAUAUGACCAACCAAAAGAAUGUGAGCAGCGAUCCGGAUCGGUUUAAAAAUAAAAGGAGGGAUCUCUUCCACAAGCUAUUGCUGGGAGCCACCAAGGAUAGAAGUGAAAGAAACGAUUCGUACGCUGUGGGGGAGACGAGAAUAGGGAAAAAUAAGAUGUAUGCAAUGGUGCAGUGUGCGCUAGACUUAACGCCGAACAGUUGCCAUGUGUGUCUAGAAUAG